AUGGCGACAGCUGCCGUCCUUGCGAGCCGCGAGGGCAAGGGCCGCCACUAUAUCCCAAGCUCCGUCAUACUCGACCUCUUUGGCCAAAUCGGCCCCAGCCGCAACGCCACCACCGCCACGUCCAAGACGAGUACCGGCCUGCCCAUCGCGGUGACUUUCUGCGCCGCCCGCCCGCCAGUCCUCUCGCACUUCUCCUUCAGCAGCGCGGCAUGCCCGGAACCCGAGGGUUUGUCCCUGGCGCCCAAGGUCAUCAGCGCGGAUGCUGACCUCGUUCUCCUCCGCGUCCCCGUCCAACCCUUUGGCGAGUCUAAUCCGAUGUUUAGCGACUACUUCGUCUACAGGGCGCACUCCCAAAUCCCAAAGCUGGACCUGCUCCCGAAGUCUGCUCCAUAUUACUUUGGAGAUAAGGAGAUCGCCAUACUGAGCUGCGGCGACGGCAAGUACGCUGUGGCCGCCCUUCAAACCUUGGGUAUGUGUACCUUUAAGCUUCACGUGUACCGGUCUAGACCUGAUGGCAAGCCAGGGAGUUGGACCUCCAAGCUGCUGGAUAUAGAGCUGAAUGUGAAGGAGCUGCCCAGGGACAACUCGUCCUCGAUCUCUCUCGCAUCGCAGAUGCUUUCGUAUCAUCGGACAACAAAGGUGAUCACGCUUGGUGGUGCUAAAGGUACCGUUGGCUGGGUCGAUCUCUGGCGAGGCAUCCUUCUCUGCGACGUGCUGGAAAUUAGCCCCACGCUCCGUGACGUGCCUCUGCCUUCUGUCUCUAAGAGUGACUGGAGGUUAUUCCUUGACUGCUGCCCCUACUAUUUGCGUGACAUCAUUGUCGACCAGAGCAAAAGCACUAUCAAGUAUGUCAAGAUGAACUUGCACGGUGGUGCCUGGAGGGCCACCACAUGGAGCAUGCCUAUCCCGGUCACUUCAUUGAAUGGCUGGCAAUUUCGAUGCUCCGCCCUGUCGACUGAGAUUGAUAUUCCUGCUGAUCUCAAAAGGCAUUAUAAGCUGUUGCAUAAGCUCAUGAGCGGAAGCGCCAACAAGGAGGGGAGUGCUGCAGAGGAAGUCUUGUCCCUGGAAUCUCUACGCAUGGCUUACCCUACCUUGAGCGUCACGGAUGGUGAUGAUAUUGUUUACUUGUUGGCCAAGGGCACCGGCAUGAGGGCUAUGCCGACAGUAUUCUCUGUUGAUCUCAGUAUGCCGACUCUGCGAGGAGUGGCGAAGCUACCCAAGAGGCACCUUGGUUUUAUGCGCUACUUCCUUGCCAGUGGAAUCUCCAAACAUAUCAGGACUCCAGGUACAAGUGAUUCCCUUGGGCAAACUGAGGUGCAAGAUACGAAUACUUGUGGUCAAGAAGCAAAAGUGACUCCGUUGAGCAAACUGAGGUGCAAGAUGCGAAUACUUGUGAUCGAGAAAGUGGGUUUGCUUGAUUGA